AUGCCUGUAGCCACGUCGACGGAACCGCAAACGUAUGUGUUUACCAAACCUGACACAUCGGGAUGGAAGCUGAGUGACUUUGAAAUGGGUGACACGCUAGGGACCGGCUCGUUUGGUCGCGUGCGCAUUGCAAAACUGAAGAGCAGGGGGGAGUAUUAUGCAAUAAAAUGUCUAAAGAAGCGUGAGAUACUAAAGAUGAAGCAGGUACAACACCUGAACCAAGAGAAGCAAAUUCUAAUGGAGUUGUCACACCCCUUCAUUGUGAACAUGAUGUGUUCCUUCCAGGAUGAGAACCGCGUCUACUUUGUUCUAGAAUUUGUGGUAGGUGGUGAGGUAUUUACUCACCUUCGUUCCGCAGGCCGUUUCCCGAAUGACGUAGCGAAGUUCUAUCAUGCGGAGCUUGUGUUGGCCUUUGAAUAUUUACACUCGAAGGACAUUAUCUACCGUGACUUGAAACCUGAGAAUCUGCUACUUGAUGGGAAGGGACACGUCAAGGUGACUGAUUUUGGUUUUGCUAAGAAGGUGACGGAUCGUACCUAUACGUUAUGUGGGACACCUGAGUAUCUUGCACCUGAGGUAAUUCAGAGCAAAGGACAUGGGAAGGCUGUGGAUUGGUGGACGAUGGGUGUUUUGCUGUAUGAAUUCAUAGCUGGCCAUCCUCCCUUUUUUGAUGAAACCCCAAUUCGGACGUAUGAAAAGAUUCUUGCGGGCCGGUUCAAAUUCCCCAAUUGGUUUGACUCCCGUGCGCGGGAUCUCGUAAAGGGUUUAUUGCAAACGGAUCACACGAAACGGUUGGGCACGCUGAAGGAUGGCGUAGCUGAUGUGAAGAAUCACCCAUUCUUCCGUGGUGCGAAUUGGGAGAAACUCUAUGGACGUCAUUAUCACGCUCCCAUUCCUGUAAAAGUGAAGAGCCCCGGCGACACAAGUAACUUUGAGUCGUAUCCCGAGAGUGGGGAUAAGCGGUUGCCCCCGUUAGCACCAUCACAACAAUUGGAGUUCCGUGGGUUUUAG